AUGAAGUCAUUUGAAUUUAUUUUUGGACUUGUUAUGAUGCAACCAAUCUUGCAAAUGAUCCUAAAAAUUAGUAAACUGUUGCAAUCAAAUAACCUAGAGUUGUUGACUGCUGUUGAUGUACUUAAUUCAUUAAAAUCCUCAUUGGCUUCAAUGAGAAAUAAUUCUAAUAGUUUUGAAGAUAUUUACCAAAACUGUUUAGACAUGUGUGAAGAGUAUGAAAUACAUACAUCAGAUGUGAAAAUAAAAUGUGUCAACAAAAAUUGA